AUGAAACGACGCCGGACGUUCCAACAAAUCCAAGAAAAAAAAGAUUCUGGUAAUAGUGAAUCUAGUGGUGAUAACAAUAAUAAUGUAAAGAGAAGGAGUUUAAAUGGUCGAAGAUUAAAGAGACCAUCUGAUGGUCCAUCUACACCAUCUACACCAUCAAAACCAAAAGAUGAGAAUAUUUCUCUCUUUGUAAUUUUAUCUGCAAUAGAAUUAAUAUACGUACACGGAAAAAUAAAACAUAAAGAAAAAGAAAAUUUAUUAUCGUUAAUUAAUGAUAAGCGAAUAAUUAUAAACUCUUCAAUUAGUUGGUACAAAUUUGCAUCAUAUAUGAUUGAAGAAGAAAAUGGUAAACCAAACAAAUUUGAGAUCUAG